ACUCAUUCACCCACCACAGCCGUGGUGCCCUAGCAGCCAAUUCGUUGUGAAAAUCCCGAUGAUGUAAAUGGAAUCAGAAAUGAGUCGGAGAACCUCCGGGAGGCGCAUUCUCAAAUCAGUUGAAUGAGAGGGAGACAGAGCCGAGGGAUCGUGUUGGUGCGCUCCUUAAAUCUGAAGGUUGCUCUGCGCCUUUUCUUCCUUUGGAUAUACAGUAUCAUGAUGCAGCUGUCUUUGGAGACUUAAGUCUCUUUCCUGAAUUCCGUGAAACACUACCUGGCGAUGUCUCAGUACAGUCAUAAUUCUAAUAAAACUCGUCACACUGCGAGGGGUCCUGAUUACUAUUGGGAAUAUGAGUAUUACGACUACGAUGAGCCCGUUUCUUUUGAAGGACUUAAAGCGCACAGAUAUUCCAUUGUGAUUGGCUUCUGGGUUGGCUUGGCAGUUUUUGUCAUCUUCAUGUUUUUCGUCCUGACACUGCUGACGAAGACAGGUGCACCACAUCCAGAGAACUCAGAACCAGGAGAAAAGCGUCAUCGUAUAACCAGCUGUGCAAUCGACAUCAACUGUCCCCAGGACCUGGGCAACAAGGGCCUGUCCCGACGGGCAACAGAGGAGUCUCGCUCGCUGUUCCACUGCUAUAUCAACGAGGUGGACAAUGGGGACAGAGGGAAGCUGACCAGCAAGGCAUCCAGCUUGGAGCACAGCGGCCAUCAAACUCAGGGAACAAUAGGAGGUGACAAGCUGGGGGAGGAGAUGAACUCCUUGGCCCACUUCAAUAUCCCCAACUUUGUCAGCUCAGAGCACAGCUCCAUGUUGGGCGAUGACGACCUACUGCUCUGUGAACAGCCGAUAAAUAUUGACGGGGAAUCCAGACCCAACAGCUUGAACUAAAUCAUCAAAUAAACUUGUAGACAUCUGAGAGCAAUGCCUGACCUGGUCCAAAACGAUAUCUAACAGCGUGGAGGACCAUGAUGCCAAGGCAUUAAACGUUUAAAAUGCUCAUGCACGUUUAUGUGGCAUCACUUCCUUAUAAGAAGCAAAAUAAUACCAUGAUACAAAUGUUGUCUAUAUAUUUUAUAAAUUGUACAGUGGUCAGCACUCCUUGAAUAACGAUUCUACAUAAGCAGUUUUGAGAGUAAGUAAGAGAAAAAACAUUUUUAUUUAGUAUACUGUAUCUACUGGGCAUUGGAAAAAAAAAACCCAACUGCAACAAAGGCAAAAUGUUACCACUAAGAAAGUGACAAAAUAUUGAAGCAGUUGACCUGACAUUUUUUUUACAUUAUAUCGAUUCAAAUGUCAUCAAGAGAGCUGAUGAACAGAGGGACUCCUGUGAAAGUCACAGGCUAUUAACAUGAGGCCACUGUUGGAAGCAAUAUAAAUUGUACAUAUGAGAGAAAUUCCACAGAUAACAUCUUGCAAAUGGCUCUGUGGCUAAGGAUCUGCUCCUGUGGCUGGUAGGUUGUCAGUUGGCUGGCAGAGGAAUCCUACUCUG